UUUACAGAUUGUCGCAACAGUCUGUGUCGUCUUAAAGACUUUCAAAUGAUGUGGAGGAAAAUCCAGGUCCUAGGACUAUAAAUGAUAUAGUUGACCCUGCUUGUACAAUCCAUGCUGAUUUUAAUCAAGGUAAUGAGCUAAUGUUUGGUGUGAAUGCUGGUAAACAGUGUGUAGCUAUGUCAUUAUAUGCAAUUGUUUACAAUGAAAUUAAAUCUGUCAAUAUUUGGGACAAGUCAAUUCUAAACUCAAUUUUAGUAAGUGGAAACAGUUUGUAUUGUGUUAUCAGCCAAAGUAUAAAUAAGAGUUAUUUAUUAUUAACUGAUGUGCCUGAGUUUGUAGACAUAGAUAAUCAUACCUUUAAUUUGCAAUAUAGUGAUUCCUUUUCAGGAUCAUUAUAUUUGAGUGAAAAUAAUCUCCCAUAUGUGACUCUUGAGCAUGCUCUGAAUGAAGUAUUUCAUUCUUUAAACUAUAAAAGUUGUUUACUUACAAUUGGUAUGAACACUGUGGCAAUCAUGAUGCCUUUUCCUGAUGUAUUUAAAGUGUUUGAUUCUCAUUCACGAGAUAUGUAUGGUAGACCAUCCGCAUUGCAUUACUGUGUUUUGAUAUCAGUGGAAGGAAUAGAAAAUCUUGCAGAGUAUUUUCGGUUAACUUCAAGGUGCAAUGAAGCAAAUAUUGUUUUGCCAUUUGAGUUAAAGGGUUUAAGGUGCAUCGAUAAUAAUGAUUUAGAGACAGCUACUCAGCUACUUGAACAACAUAGUGUUAACAGAAAAGAAUUGAACAAUCAAAUAAUCGGCAAUACAUUUAGAAAAAGGGUGAGACCAGAUGAGUCACCAGAGAAAAAAGAAGCUAGACUUGCAAAAAAUAGAAAUGCUGAUAAAGUAAGAAGGCAAAAUGAGUCAGCAGAGCAAAAUGAAGCUAGACUUGCAAAAAAUAGAAAUGCUGAUAAAGUAAGAAGGCAAAAUGAGUCAGUAGAGCAAAAUGAAGCUAGACUUGCAAAAAAUAGAAAUGCUGAUAAAGUAAGAAGGCAAAAUGAGUCAGCAGAGCAAAGGGAAGCUAGACUUGCAAAAAAUAGAAAUGCUGCAAAAGUAAGAAGACAAAAUGAGUCAGCAGAGCAAAAGGAAGCUAGACUUGCAAAAAAUAGAAAUGCUAAGAAUGCAACAAAACAAAAUGAAACUAUUGAGCAAAGGAUUGCAAGAAUUGCAAAAGAGAAAGAAAGAAAGAGAGCUUCUCGAAAAAAUACUCCCUCUGCAAAGCAAAAGAAAAGUAAUGAGUCACAUUCAGUUGAAUCAGUUCGAAAUAUUGCAAAUGCUGAGAAUUCUUACUUGUCUAAUGAAGAUAUUGAUACAUUGACACUUAUUACUGGUAAUGUUGUCAAUGUGCCUGCAGAUGUAAACAGCACUGUUAAUGUGCUGCCCAGACUAUCAGAUGAGACAGAUGAUUUAACAACAUCAAACCUCCCUGAAGAUGAAUGGAGUGAGGAUGAAGCAGAAAUACCAGCUGGAGUAACUGAUAGUAUGUUGACUCCUCCAGACUUUGUCAGUGACAGUGAAAGACAAGAAAUCUAUAAUGUUGCACCUGGUGAAGGAAAAAUUAAAGAUUGGUUUUAUAUAGUUGAAUACCAGCAGCGAGGAUCACCUCAUAUUCAUAUGUUAAUAUGGCUUGAAAAUACACCUGUGUUUGGUGUUGAUAAAGAUGAAGAUGUUGUUGCUAUAUUGAUAGCAUAA